GAACGCUGCCAACUGUCGAGCACUCCCGAGCCACUGCGCAUUCUGUCUCCCACAGGCGGUGAAGACUGCCGUCAGCAAGGUGCAGCGGGUGAUCGCCACGGUCGCCAUACCUCUUUCCUGGAAGGCCCCCGGUGGGACGCUCGCCAAGUCCGCUAGCCUCACGAACGCGGAUACAACGGUCGCCCAGAUCCACUACCUUCCGGGCUCUGGCAGUUGCAACGCCCUCCCCUCCAACAGCAUCAGCCGCAUGGACGAGAUCAAGUCUGUCAUCAGCUCCUGGGACCAGCCGUGCAUAUCCAUCAUGCUGGGCGCCAUCCUCUACACUGGCGCCAGCGGCAAGGGCGCGUCGGCGCAAAGUUGCGCCCUCUACCGAUACUGCAAGGCCGAAACCCAGAAGGCGUCCUCGGAGGUCAUCGCGGACGCCAAGUCGCGAGGCAAAAAGAAGGGGGGCGACUACAUCAUAUACGACACCCCGGACCAAAUACAGGAGAAGGCGGGAAGAGCGAGGGACAGGGGCUGCCUCUACGUAGACCACAUUGAGCUGGACGACGCCGAGUGCAAGUGCCAGCAUAAGGAGCAGUUCCCACUGCUCAGCCGCGUCCGAAAGGGCCUCCAGUGAUGACGAGGCGUGCCAGUGCCUUCCGCUGGCCAGGUCACGUGAACCGAUAGACGUGACGUCACGAGAUGCCUGCUGUGGCUUGAAGGCCGGCGGAUCUUGCGCAGGCGAGGCGCGUUGCCUGUUAUAGUAAUUUUGUGUGCCAUUACAACGUACAGUAAAGACAAUUCGAAUCGA